AUGAUACGAUUGGCUGCUGGAGCAACUGCAAUUGCUGGAUGCUCAUUUGCCCUAGGAAGAUUUUCGAAGGAUGAAAAUUUGGAGGUUUUUCGAAAUGCACAAUCGGCCACUGCUGUUAGCCCGGUAUUUUUAUUAUUUCAUAAGUUUUUUUCAAAAGCCUUAUAUUUUUAUUCUAGCCUACACUUCCAAUGACAACUUCAUAUGAUGGAUCAUCAGUUGGACCAUCAAGAGCAUCACAAAUUAUGACACAUGGCUUCCCCGGUUUUGAUAAUUUGAGAACGUUUGAGGAUUUUGUGCUGAGUUAUGAUAGGAAAACCAAAACUGCACAUUGGGUAAGAAUUUCUAUUUUUCUUAUCAAAAAAGACAUUAAAAUAUCCACAUCAAGGAGAAAGAGAGGUUGGAAAAUAUGCUAAACCGGAAAAAUUUGAAGAAAAGAUUUUGAGGGUUUUUUUUUUGACAAAAAUAGCAUCAAAUCUUUUUUUCUACUCUCAUAAAACUUGAAUAAAAUGAACUUUGAGCUGAAAAUUGAUAUCUACAGGUUUGUGAGCAUCUUACUCCUGAACGCUUAGUUCAUGACAAGUCAGUUGAUCGUGCAAAAUGUGCUUUCCAAGAAGACAAAUCAUUACAUCAAUAUUUCCGCUCAACAAAUCAAGAUUACAAAGGAUCUGGUUUUGAUCGCGGACAUUUAGCAGCAGCUGGAAACCAUCGCAAAACUCAAAACGCGGUAGAUCAAACUUUCAUGUUAACAAACAUGUCUCCACAAGUUGGAAAAGGUUUCAAUCGAGACAAAUGGAAUGAUUUGGAAAGAUAUUGUCGAAAACAAGCGAAAAAGGCGAUCAAUACUUAUAUUGUGACAGGACCAUUAUAUUUGCCGAAAACUUUUGAGGAUGGCAAAAAUUAUGUGAAAUAUCAAGUGAUUGGUCCGAACAAUGUGGCAGUGCCAACCCAUUUUUUCAAAAUUUUGUUGACUGAAACAAAACCGGGUAACUUUGAAUUGGAGAGUUUUGUUCUUCCAAAUCAGGUUGGUUUUUUCUAUUUCAAAGUGUUUUGUCAAGGAAAUACACAAUUACUUUAAGGUGAUUCCGGACACUGCUGAACUAACAAGCUUCUAUCUAAAACUUGAAGACAUUGAAAAAAUGGCUGGAUUAUUGAUUUUUGAUAAACUUCCAAAGGGUUCAAUCAAGAAAGUCAAUGGAAAAAGUGCUGGCGGUUUUUGGUAG